AUGGGAGAUUACAGAACAAAUUCAUACGGUCAUGGAGGUCUGCAGAUGGAAAGAUACUACGGAGCCAGAAGCACCACAGCAAAUCCUCACGAUUUCAGGUCUUACAGUGCUUCUGCAUACACUUCAACGUAUACAGCUCCCUCGUCUACACGAAACAAGGAAAUGCAGUUCAAGAAGGGCACAAGUGUAAACGGGACAGCAUCGAGAUCAUCUAUAUUCAGUGAUCCAGAGUUUCAGAGGAAGAGGAGAGUUGCUAGCUAUAAAGUUUAUUCUGUUGAAGGGAAAGUUAAAGGGUCUUUUAAGAAGAGUUUCAGCUGGCUUAAGAAUAGGUUCUAUGAGUGGUUCUGA